AUGGGUGAGAUACAGCGGAGAGUCGCUAUCAUUGGCGCCGGUGUUGCCGGGUUGACCCAAGCUAUUGCUCUCAAAACCAAACUCAAAUUUCACGAUUUCACAAUAUUUGAGAAAGGGUCUGAAGUCGGUGGAGUGUGGCGGGGAUGCUCGUCGGAUAUUGACAUCCAUUGGUACAGCUUAUCCACAGACCUUUACCCAUACUGGAACAAGUCUCAUGGCCUUCAACCGGAGAUUCAAGCCUACUGGAUUGAGCUCUCAAAGAAACAUAAUCUGUAUCCGCACAUCAAAUUCAACACGAGGGUGCUAUCUGCGGAGUGGGAUGAUGCCAAACAACAGUACACCGUCAUCGCGGAAGAUAUCUUUUCAGGCAAGAAGACGACGAGUGUGGCCCAUGUUGUAAUAUCCGCCCUUGGUAUUUUGGAGGUCCCAAAUCUGCCAUACGAGAUCCCUGGAGUUCGGAAGUUUCAGGGGACUUCAUUUCACUCUGCACAGUGGCCAGGCUCGAUGAAUUUGCAGAAUAAGCGUGUUGCGGUGAUUGGAAAUGCCUCUUCCGGACAUAUGACAAGAGCACAAUUCGUACCAUCCAUAUCUGCAGAUCCAUCUGUUGAAGUAGUGAACUUCAUCCGCACCCCGACCUGGCUCCUCACUCGAUUCGUUGCUCCCCUUCACUUACCCAUGGGUGAUAAAGCUCUCCAGAAACAACGUGACGCGAUGGCGAAGUACAUUCUUGAUAACACACCAGAUAAAUAUCAUUCUCAUAUGAUACCUGAUCACCCUCCAGGCUGCAAGCGGACUGUCGCGGACAGUGGUUUCCUGGAAAGUCUCUAUCGUUCUAACGUGACACUGAACUUUGACGGAAUCGCCGAGAUAGUGGAGAAUGGCAUCAUCACGAAAACUGGUGAAAUGUUGCCAUUUGAUGUCAUUGUAUACGCGACCGGAUUCAUUGGCAAACAGGAGCGGUACCCGAUGCACGUUCGUGGCUGGAAUGGAGCCACUGUCCAAGGCUAUUAUGAUGCGCAUGGUGGCCCUACCGCAUACAUCGGGACUGCGAUUCCAGACACACCAAACUUUUACUUGAUCAAUGGACCAAAUACUGGAACGCGAAUAUCGGCGUUGUUCAUUACAGAAGUGCAAGUUGCAUACAUCCUUCAACUCAUAGAGCCGGUCCUUACCGGAUCUGCCUCAUCUUUCACUAUCAAAGCCACUCCCACAGAUACAUAUAACGCCAAGCUGCAAGAACAGCUCUCUCACUCGGUCCACGUACACUGUCAAUCUUGGGCGCGUACGAACGGUACAGACAAAGUAUUUUAUCCGUUUCCUUGGCCUGCGACGGUUUGGUGGUGGUUACUUCGUAGACCGAAUUGGGAUCAUUAUAUAGCAGUCGGCGCCGAGAAAUGGGUAUGGGCAAGGCGAAUCAAGGCUGUUAAGAAGUUUUUGAAAUGCAGCGCAGUCUUGACGCUAUUGUGGUCAUACAUCAGCCUGCGCAGCGGAUAUGACACGACAUGGUGGCAAGCGAUUACCGUGACUUGUGGCUACUUGAGUAAAUUCGCCCUCCGUCUUUGA